CAGAUUCUGUUGCACCUCCCGGUGGUCGACAGCAAAUCCACCUGCCAUUCAUCAUGGAAUCCGUCCUUGUGUGCAUAGCGCUAAUUGGGUACGGUUCGUCGCCACACACACAUGUACACAAACUCACACAGCAAGACGCCGAGGCCCAGUGAAAACUGAAAACGAUCGCAAACCCUCUCUACAAAAAGAAGAGAAAUAUUUGCAGUGGUGAUAAAACUGAAGAUAGGGACGUGCAGUUUUGGAAGCAAGCAGAGCACACACAAACCAAACCAAACCAACGAUGACAUCAGUGGAGUGCGAGAGGGGGAGCCCAGCCCUGCCCGGCCCUUCUUUAAGAUCACCACCCGCCCCCAUUGCCCUCUCCCACACCUCAUCUUCGUCUUCUUCUCGCCCGGUGACACUCGAGAGCAAAGGAAUAUUCACCAGCUAGCUUGAGCUUGCUUGCUGAUCGGUUCUUUCCGGGAGGGAAGCGUCGGGUCCUGUGUUCUGUCAGGCUGGCUCUUGACAUGUUCAGAUCCAAGGUCCAGGAGAUGAUCCUCAGGAGGAAGUCCAGGUCCAUGAACGGCGCCGGCGCCGGCUGCGCGCAGCACGUCGGCAACUCGUCCACGGCUCCAUGCGACGGCGGCAAGGGUGCUGCUGCUGUUGCUGCUCGUGCGCCGUCGUUCGCCGCGCCGAGACUGCUGCACUCGUCGUCCCUCCCCGCCGGCGGCCGCGCUGCGGUCACCGGGUCCGGGAGCCCCGUGCGGGACGCCGAGACGAUGUCCGCCUACGCCAUGAGCCCGACCUCCGUGCUUGACGCGUCGGUGGCCUUCGGUUCGCCCGGCCCGGCGGUGGACGCCGGGGGGAGCAAGCGCCGGCCGUGGUGCGACGGGUGCGCGGGGCCGCACGGGCUCGCCGACGUGCUGGACUGCGCCCACGAGGCCCAGCGGAGGAAGAACGUCCUCCGGGGCGCCGUGAGGGCGCAGGCGCCGGCGCUGGUGCGGUCGUGCUCCCUGGACCGGCGCGUGGAGUUCGGCGUCAAGAACAAGAGCUCCUGGCUGCCGCUACGCGCCGCCCGCGCGGGGGCGGCGGAGCAGGAGGACGACGGGCCGUCGUCGGAGGACUACACCUGCGUCAUCUCCCGCGGGCCCAACCCGAGGACGGUCCACAUCUUCGGCGACCGCGUGGUAGACUCAUCGGCUUGCAGGUGAUUACCACGGAGAAGAAGAUACGGCCGGAACGAUAAGAAGAUCACGAAGUAGACUCUUGCUUGCCUGCAAAUAGUGCCACGCCACAGGUCCUAGUCCCUGCGUUGUACCAUGGGAAGCUGAGAGCACAAGGAAGGAAUGUAUUGACAAAAUUUUGAGAGUAGGUUCGGCUACCAUUUUUCCUGGAGAUAAUUAAACAGAAGCUGCUUAAGCUAGCCGCUUCAGUCGAAAUGCCGCGAUGCCUUUUUUUUGUAAAUUUGUGAGCUGUGACUUGGAAUGUUGACUUA